GUUGGCUUUUUCGGUUCGUAUCGAGAUAAAAGAUGCCUAAUUUACAGUUGGAAUUGGAUAAACUUAAAUGGGACACAGAGUCCCUUGUUUUGGCACGGUUGUUGGAUAAACACACCCUCCCAAAGAUCGUGAGAGUUACCGAGGGAUUUUAUGGCGAAUCAGAUGAUUCAACACUCUGCAAUGGUACAAUAUUAUGCUUGCAUUCCGUCCAAUCUGGAGAGAUGGUUCAUGGUCGCUUAAAUUGGGGCAAAGGGAAAGAUAUUUUGAUUCCCCUCGACUGUCGAACCAAAGUCGAAAUUCGCCCAACGAAUUUAAAAGAUGUUUAUGAAAGCGUAGAAGAGCUUUGUUCAGUGUCUCCAAAAUACGUUCGUGUCUCACAAGGUUGUUAUUCUGAGCCAUCAGGGGACGUUUUAUUGGAAGUCGGGGAUAAAUUGCAGUUAAAAGGCGUUAACAAAAAGCAAGACACAUUAAUCUGUUUCGACCAACAUCGUCAGAAGAUCGAGUUACCAAAAGACACCGUGGCUGGUUUUCAACCUCUGACCGAUGGAAAAGAGUACUACUUAUCAGAUGUUGUAAAGAAAUUUAAAAUGCCAUUGAAUGUCCAAUUCGUCAGAUGUAUCGGUGAAGAUCUCCGGUCCGCUAUCGAGUCCCCCUGCCAACCCUAUCAAGCUGUUUGUCUUGAUAAAGUCUCUAAUGAGACUGUGGUUACAGCAACGUCCAUACGUGCUAAUGGUAAACACAAUCUGAUUCAAUUCUCCCGUGAUUUGAACGUAGGAUUGAGUGUUUGUGAAGAGACGUUUACAGCCAGCGAAAAUUUUCCUAAUCUUUCUAAAAUCUUUAACAAAGGCAGGGAAGAAACUGAGACAAACGCCUACGAGUACAUUGAUCCUGCUACGAUCAUGGAAAUCAGACCAACAAAGGCCGCCAAACCGGCCCCUAACCCACCCCCCAAAAGACCAAAACCAACUAUCCCCCUGCCGAAACCAAAGACUCAAAAAAAGACUACCGUCCACACGGAACCAGAUCCCAUUUAUGAAGAGAUUAGAAGCGAAGAUAAACACAGCGAAUUCCAAGGUGCUGGGAAUGAUUCAACAUAUACAGCACUUGAUCCAACGUACGUUUCCAACCAAAAAUAUGGAGAACUUAUCGUCGUCCAAAAGCUCGCGCCGAGCACGAAUAACCAGCCUGAAAUACUUGCCCACCCGAAAAUGGCUGACGGUGCAACUGCAUUACUUAUCAGACUUCCACCGUCUUCAGAAGUCGAAGGUCCUCCGCCUCUAAUACCCAGAAGAUCUCAAGGUGAUCUGAAGAUCAAAAAAGAUCAUCAAAUCGAGUGUUUUUCUGUCUCCCCUGAUGCUCCCCACGGACCAAAGAGUCCGCAUUUAUCACUCAAUAACCUAGCAGAUCCACAUAUUUCACUCCAGACCACUGGCAAGUCAGUGGCUAGUCAAGAGCCCGCUGUUACGACUGAACAAGAAAAAGAGGAAAUUUACGAAGCAAUCGCAAAGUAUCCAUUAGAUCUGUCUGGUUUAAAUGUGGAAGCUGUUGGCAAGUUGUUGGUAUGCUUGCAAAUGGAGAAAUAUGUUGAAAUUUUCAAGGAAGAAAUGAUUGACGGACGAAUGUUGUCUGAUAUGGAUAAAGAAAGUUUGCAGUCAUUGAAUGUAAGUCCAUUUCAUGUCAAAAAGUUGUUGAACUUCAUCGGUGGAUGGCGACCUAAACUACAUGUGAGAUCUUCCAAAUGCUGAUGCUUUUUAAAAUGUCAUAAAGUAGUAAUAGGUCUGGAAAAUUAGAUCAACCGUCGAAAGAAUAAGUGCCCUUGUUGGGAACAAGUAGGAACUUAACAAUUAAAGUUCAACCAGCGUUUUGUUUCAUUGAAUUUAUAUUGCAUUCUCAUAUUGCAUUCUUCUUGAAUUAUAUCACUGACAUUUACAGUGUACGAGAUGAGAGUAAACUCAGUGAAGUGUUCAAAACGAGUUCUUCAAUUUUUCAAAUAACUCUUGGUAGGUACAUAUAUAGUACCAAGUCCGUUGUCCUCUGUAAAACUGACAUUUUCGUAGUCCAUAGAUUGGAUUAACAGGCAAUUUCAGUGUUUGUCAGAGAUUAAACCUGGAGUACUUCAAGCGCAUGUAGCAUGUGUUCAGCUUCAUAUGAUUCAGUAUUUCAUAAAAUUAGCUGUCUGCUCAGCUGACGGUUAAAUCUAUUUAAAUUCGCGACGUCGUAGAAAUUCUCAUUAUACAAGAAAGUAUAUUGUGAUGUUUGAAAAUGUGCUUUGCGGACAAAAAUUGUUGCAACUUGGAAUACAAAGAAUUUAAUUUCGGGUUCAGCUAAAUGAAGGAAACUUUGCACUUACUAUCAAUUUACCUAGUCUAUUCGUCAGGCGCUGUUGCAUAUAGUAAUCACCUUAACAGACAAGCCUUUGUGUAUUGCUUCCUCUACGAAAUUCGUUUUUGAUUAGGUUCGGAAUGCCUACAACAAAUGGGUUUUUUUACUUCGGGAGAAAUUGCAAUUUGUGGAGAAUUUUUAUUUAUGCACGGAUGUGAAAUAUUAAAGAUAACUACAUAAAUAUUAACUACAUAUUAAAGAUCUUUUAGGAUUAGUUUUGACAUGCAUAGUUAUGUUAGUACAUAGUUCA